AUGGGUUGGGUCACGGAUCUCGCGGUCGACUUGGGCCGUGUCCAGCGCUAUGGCCUGGCUUUCUUCGUGCUCAUGGCCAUCCUCGCCGUGGCGUACCGUGUCUUCUUCACUGUCCGGUACUCGCCUGACCUGCCUCGAGUUGGGGCUGAUGCUGGUAUAUCAUGGAAGGAAAUGAGAAACAAGUUUCACACCGACUGCCUGUCCGUCUUUGAAGAUAUUUACGAGAAUUACUCCAAGAAGGGAAAGGCAGUGUUGAUGCCCGUGUUUGGCCCUCACGAUGAAGUCAUCCUACCGCCCUCGGCAUUGGCCUGGCUCUGUAAGCAGCCGGACCACGUCAUGAGCUCCCUCGAAGCCCAGGUCGAUUCGAUCCAGCUCCACCAUAGCCUGGGGAACAAGUUUGCCUACGACCCUUGGGGUGGCAUGCUGAUAAAGUCGGAUCUCAACAGUGCCAUCGAGACUGUCUGUGCUGUCUUGAACGACGAGCUCCGUGCCGCCUUCAGCUCAUGCUUUGGCGAAGACACGGAGAACUGGAAUGAGCUUGACCUCUUCCCCGCCUGCCGCGUCAUCGGCGGUCGCGCGACCCUGCGCUUCACCCUCGGAGACUCGACCGAGGGACGUCGCGCCGAUAAGGGAUUCGUCGACUGCUGCUACGAUGUCCUGGAUGGUAUGCUCGACACUGCCGGAACAAUGGCCGCCUCCCGCAAGAUUGUCAAGCGUUUCCUCGGCCCCUGGGUAAGCAGGGCUAUGCCGGCCAAGCUUCGAGACCUCGCAAAGCGCAUCGAGCCUCUGCACCGCGAAAGGCUCCAGAUCAUCAAGGACCAGGGCGAGGGCAAGGACUGCGAGGUCCCUCAGGACCUGUUCCAGAUGAUGAUGCAGUAUGCCGCCAGGGAGCGCCCGAACGAGCUGAACAACGUCAACGAUAUUGCCGGACGUAUUGCUGUGUCCAACUUCGGCACCAUGCAUCAGACCAUAAUCACCCUGCACAACCUCUUCCUCAACAUCAUCGACUCGAACGGCGAGUUUGACACCCUCAACGUCCUCCGCCAGGAGGUGGUCGAGGUUCUCGGCUUGGACGAAGGCGGUGAUACCACCACCAAGAGAUGGACCAAGGCAAAGGUAUCUGCCAUGGUAAAGGCCGACAGUGUGGGCCGUGAGACCCUCCGUGUAAACUCCUUCAUCGGCCGUACUGUCCAGCGCCUUGUCAUUGCUCCUCAGGGGAUCGUGACGGAGGAUGGCAUUCACCUAGCCAACGGAACGAUGGUGUCCAUCCUGGCGCACCAGGUCCAGACCGACGAAGAAAAGUUUGAGAAGCCGCUCAAGUUCGACCCGUACCGCUUCUCGCGCAUCCGCGAGGCUGCCUCGGAAGCCGGAAAGGGUGGGUUGAACAACCUGAGCAUGGUGUCGACCUCGUCCGAGUAUCUGCCUUUCAGUCACGGAAAGCACGCGUGCCCGGGCCGUUUCCUGGUCGACUUUGAGCUCAAGAUGAUUAUGGCCUACGCUGUCAUGAACUACGAGAUGGAGUUCCCCAAGGAAUACGAGGGCAAGAGGCCACCCAACACGUGGUUUGCCGGAUUCGGCAUUCCGCCGUUGGAGGUGAAGAUUAGGGUCAAGAGGAGAAGAGCAAACUAG